AUGAGCAAGGUUGAAAAUGUUUUGGACGAGGAAAACGACGUUCCCUUCAGCCCGAAGAAAAAGAAGGAUGAUUCCCCUAAAUUGACACGCAACAGCAUUCAGCGAAAGUGUGUUAAGGUCAAACGCGUGCUCGAUGUCAAACAAUUGAGGAAUCGGAAGAUUCAAGUGUGUCGCAUAACUGACUUUGAUGACAACGAAGCAAUAAGAACUAAGGAAGCAGCUGAAACCCUACUUAGUGUAGCAGGAAUUUCGAAGAAUAAGAGUUCGGAUCUUGACCUAUUGGACUUGGAGGUUGAGUUCAACACGAGUAGGGUUGAACGGACAUGGAAAAAGACGGCCCCUUCCAGCCCAGUUUACUUAGAGCGGAGAGAAAGGCGAUUAACGAAGAUUUUUCACAUAAAAAACGUUUUAUCAGAAUUAACCGAUAGUACGGCAUUAGCAGAACGUACCAAAACUGAUAAAACAGUUCGCAGUUUAUUUAAAGUUAGAUGUGCAGAACUUAAUGUUCUCAAAGAUGACUUUAUAAAACAGCAUCAAAAUAUUAUUUCUAGUCUUGCAAAUGAAGCUGACACCGAUUUAGAACCAGAAAAUGUUAUAAGAACAGCAUUUUUUAAUGAUUUUUAUGUCGUAAAGUCCAUGUACGUAGACUUAUGCGAAAUUGAUACUGCAAAUUCGCAAAAAAUAUUAAAUUAUUCUAUGAAUGCUACUACUUCAGGUACUUCUAAUGAACAUAAUUAUCAUAUAAAACCUCCAAAUUUAGAUAUUCCUAAAUUUAAUGGUGAUUAUAGAACUUUUUCUACAUUUAUCGAUCUCUAUAAUGCUCUGAUACAUAAUAAUCCAACAUUAACGCCAAUAGAAAAAUUUCGUUACCUUCUUUCGUUAGUCGAGGGUAAACCAUUGGGUGUUGUUAGUAGCCUGCCAAUGACUUCAGACAAUUAUCAAACCACAUAUGAUAACUUUGUUGAUCGCUACAGUAACGUAAGAUUUCGAGCGCAAUCGCAUUGGUAUGCUAUUAAAACUGCCCCUAAAGCUAUUCGCGACCAACCUGAAUCUCUUAGAAAUCUUUUGGACACAUUUUCACAAAAUCUCGCCUCUUUAAAAAAUUUAAAUUUUCCAAUUGAAUCUUGGGACUUCAUAUUAGUUAACAUGUUGUUGGAACGGGUUGAUGAUGAUUUAAUAACAAGGUUUGAACUUUCGCUUGCCUCAGGCACAAUACCAAAAUUUAAAGAAUUAUUUGAAUUUUUAGAAAAAUGUUGUAAAACUUAUGAAUCUCUUAAUCUUUCUUUACCUUUAAUUAAUAACAAAAGAUCAAAUAAAAUUAAAUCACCAUUACAACCUCGUCGUACUACUUCUCUUUUGGCAAAGCAAACAAAAAAUAGUAAUUCCGGAUCUUGUUUACUUUGUAACGAAAUGCAUUCGUUAUAUAAUUGUUCAACUUUUUUAAGCAAAACUCCUCAAGAAAGGUAUCAGCUUUCCAAAAGGGCACAUCUAUGUGUUAACUGCUUAAGUAAUAUUCAUUCUACGCAAAAUUGUAAAUCAGCUAUGUCUUGUCGUAAAUGUAAUCAACGUCAUCAUACUCUUUUGCAUUUUUCUUCAAGUAAUAUAGAACGCGCCACUCAUAGUCCCGAAUCAGCUUUACCUUCAACUUCUCGUGAAAAUAGCUUUAAUAAUAAACCUCACUUUUCUGGUACACCUUCUAAAACUGUAUUUUCAAAUCGCGAUGAGAAUUCUUCGUUGAAUCAGAGCUUCGCUGCGACAGGCUUGUUAUCUAAAUCUACAUCAGUUCUAUUAGGAACCGCGGUUAUCGAAGUAUUAGAUAAGUUUGGUAUAUAUCAAUCAAUGCGAUGCUUGCUUGAUCCUGGAAGUAUGACUUCAUUCAUAACAGAGAAGUCUGCUAAUACUCUUGGUUUACCAAAGGAAAGGGGACUUUAUGAAAUUCAAGGUCUUGAUAAUAUGGUUACAAACUCCGGGCAAGCUACCGUUACACUUUCAUUUCGACCGCUUAAUUGUCCGGAAUCAGUACUUAAUACUGACGCUAUUGUUUUACCUAAAAUUUGCGAUAGCUUACCUACUGCAAUUUUGCCAGCUUCUUCUUGGUCUCAUCUUAGCAAUUUGAAACUUGCUGAUCCGAAGUUUUAUGUACCUGGUCCUAUUGACAUUCUGCUUGGUGCUGAUGUAUACACAAAAAUUAUCCUAAACGGAUGUGUUCGAGGGAUUCACGGAGAACCAGAUCUUUUGAACACAAUUUUUGGGUAUGUUCCAAUGGGUAAAAUAGGUACAUUUUGUGAAACGUCUACUGUAACUUCAUUCUUUUGUAAUUCGCAUAAAAUUAAUACUGAUGAUAUUCUUACAAAAUUUUGGGAAGUAGAGUCAGUUCCUCUUUUGCCUAUGCUGUCAGAUAAUGAUCUUUUUUGUGAAGAACAUUUCUUAAAAACAUACCAGAGAAAUUCCGAUGGAAAAUUUGUAGUGCAUCUACCAUUCCGCGAUAACUUUCCUACUUUCCCCGGUAUUCGUCAACUUGCUGAACAGCGAUUUCUCUCUUUAGAACGUCGUCUAUUAAAAGAUCAAGAAUUGUAUAAAUCUUAUUGUCAAUUUAUGAAAGAAUAUCUUGAUCUGGGACAUAUGAAACCUGUCAGUCAUGAAACUGAGUUAUCUUCCGCUUCGUAUUAUAUUCCGCAUCAUUGCGUUUUAAAGCCUCAAGCUAGCUCAACCAAAUUGCGAGUGGUUUUCAAUGGUAGUGCGAAGCUCCCGAACCAAACCUCUCUCAACGAUCAUUUGUUUACCGGACCCAAACUUCAAAAAGACAUUGUUGAACUCUUAAUUCAAUUUCGCUUUCAUGUGUACGUUUUAUGUACAGAUAUUAAAAUGAUGUAUCGCAAUAUAUUGAUCACUUCUUCUCAACAUCAGUAUCAGAGAAUUGUUUGGAGAUUUUCUCGUAAUGACCCUCUUCAGGACUACGAAUUAAUUACUGUCGUUUAUGGUUUAUCGCCUUCGCCUUUCUUAGCCUUACGCGCACUUCAGCAAUUAGUCCUUGAUGAAGGAGCAGAUUUUCCCUUAGCAUCUCAUGCGAUUUCAAAUCAUACUUAUGUUGAUGACGUGGUUACUGGAGCCACCACUUUCAGUGAAGCUCUCGCCCUUAAAAAUGAACUAAUAGCUUUGUUUUCUAAAGCUGGGCUUGACCUUAGAAAAUGGGCAAGUAACGAUCCCAAUCUACUGAGUGAUCUACCUUCUGACUUUUUAUCAACUACUCAUAUAAAUUUUGAUGAUCCUGAAUCAUCAUUAAAAAUUUUGGGUCUUCAGUGGAAUCCCACAACGGAUAACUUUCAUUUUCAUUUUAACUCUCUUGACAGACCUUGUACUAAACGAAACAUGUUGUCAGAAUUAGCUCGUAUUUUUGACCCGUUAGGCUUCUUAGCUCCUGUUACCUUUUUUACUAAAACUUUAAUCCAAAAGUUAUGGUCGUCCCAUAUGGAUUGGGACCAACAGCCCCCUGACGAAAUUAUCCGUAUUUGGACGCGUUACAAAAAUGAAAUGCACUUGUUGUCUCAAAUUGACCUUCCCCGGAAGAUCCUAUUUUCCGAGUGUGAGAAUAGAUGUGAGUUGCAUGGUUUUUGUGAUGCGUCUGAAAAAGGUUACGCCGCAGUUGUAUAUCUUAGAAUUUUGAGAAACAACAAAAAAAUAGAUGUUCAUUUAGUUGCUUCAAAAACUAAAGUUGCGCCUUUAAAGAAGUUAACAAUUCCCCGUCUUGAGCUCUGCGCCGCUGUUCUUCUUGCUAAAUUACUCGCAUAUUUAGUACCCAUUUUUAAAACUAAAAUAUCUUUAGAUAAAAUUAUUACCUGGUCUGACUCUAAUAUUGUUUUAUAUUGGCUUCACUCUCCACCUAGUCGUUGGAAAACUUUUGUUGCUAACCGAGUAGCUUAUAUUCAAGACAAGCUCCCACACGCAACUUGGUUACACGUUGAGUCCAAGAACAACCCUGCUGAUGUUGCUUCUCGAGGAAUAUUUCCAUCAGAGUUUGUAAAUUUUAGUACUUGGUUUCAAGGACCUUCUUUUCUUCAUGAUCCUGAUGCUAUGUUAGGUUCAACCUCCGCAUGCGCUUCUCUAAAUAGUACUUCCGAAGAAGAAAAACAUACUUCUUUUUUCGCCGCUACUUCUGAAGAGAACUUUAUUGACCUUCUUUUAGAAAAAUACUCUUCUUUCGCUACUCUUCAACGUACCGUCGCUUAUGUUUUACGCUUCCUUUUUAAUAUAAAAAAUCCCCGUCAAAAAAGAUCGGGUCCGCUCUUAAACUGUUGA